AUGUUAUUCCAAUUGAAGUUGUGUAUUUUUAUAUAUUUUUUAAGUAGAAACAUUGUGAAAGGGUAUUCCACAAACGUAGAAUGUUUUGAUUGCAUUGCCAAACGUAAUGAAAAAGAAUGUAUAAAAGAACCAAACAAAGAAAUAAAUUGCACAAGCGAAAAAUACUGUUACGUUUACGUCAAUGAAAAUGCCAUAUUUGUCCGAGGAUGCUUCAAAAAUGGCGAUCCAUUUGUAGAAUCGAAAGAAUUUUGCGAAAAACAUCCUGACAAAUGUUCAUUAUGUUCUGAUAAAUCAUUUUGCAAUGGAAAGGCAUUUUUUGAAGAACAUUGCUAUAACGAAAACUAUAAGGUGGAUGAAUUUCCGAGUGUACAAUCAUCGAAAACAUGUCCAAUAAAAUCACUUAAUUCACUUGGAUGCUAUCACAUGGAAAAAAAUAAUAGCGUCACAAAGGGAUGCAUGAGUGAUUUAGAUGAAGCAACGCGAUUAGAAUAUGAAGUAAGCGAAGAUUGCGUCGUAUGUCAUGAAGAAAAAUGUAAUAUGAAUGUGGUUCGCCAUCGAAUUUGUUAUGACUGUAAUGAAGAACCUGAAGCAAAUUGUGCCGAACCACAGGAAGUGACUAAAACCACAGAUGUUUCAAAAAAAUCAAGCUCAUGUUUAGUUGGAAUUGACAAAAAUGGUUUUACGCACCGUAUGUGGGGAACAAAUGAAAAGCAUGAUAUGGAAAAAUUUCCAAAUGGGUUCACAAUAUGCUAUGACGAUUCGUGCAACAACAUCAUCUUUCCAAGUGGUCGUCUAAAGUGUUUACAGUGUCAAGGAGAUGAAAAUUGUAAUGAUUUGAAAGAGAAUUUGGAACCAAAAGUGUGUGAGAUUUAUUCCAGUCAAGACGAAUGCUAUUCCUAUUUCGAUAAAGAACGAAACACUUUUCGUGGCUGUUGGAGUGAUCGACACGAGAGCAAAAAAUUAUGUGAACAAAAUGAUGCAAAAUGCAUAAAAUGCAAAGAAUCAGGCUGCAACAAACAUCAACCUUCUUCUGCAAAUGUCUGUGCUAUCGCUUCUGCUAAGUUCUUUAUUUCUAUUGCAAUAACAAUUUCUUUACUAAUUCGAUUUACAUAGCUACGUAAUCGAAAAAUAAUUGAAAAGGCAGGUAUUCAACAAACGGCUAGAAUAUUCGCGACCUUUUUUUGUAUGAACAUGUUGCUUCAACAAUUUUUUUUUUUUGAUGCCAUGAAUAUUCAAACCGAUUCAAAUACGAAUAUUUUUCCACGUAUGUUUUAAAAAUAACAA